AUGAAAACUAUAAAGAGCAAAUGCAAUCAUGAAUGCUGUUUGGUACAUCUGCCGGAGACUGACGGAACACUUACAAAUGCAUUGUAUGAGCAUGUCAAAUCAUUAUACCGGUAUACAGAACCAUGUGGACUGGAAGUGCAUGUCAAGACAUUCACCAAAGUAGUUCCAAUAUACGAAAAUGUGAAUAGGAUAUAUGUGAGAGGAGAGACAUUCCUAGAUAGGAAAGAUAUGGACACUCUAUUGGCUAAGUAUCCUAAUGUGACUAAUUUAAUGAUUGAACCAACAACCAAUUGGGAGUUGAUGGAUACGUCGAAAUCGAGUCUUAAAAUCGAAAAUGUUCAUAUGUCGUAUACCGGUCGAUUUGGAGCAAGUUUUCUAUCGAAAUUCACUGGUCGAAACAUCAGUUUCUCCGAGGCGGUAUUCACGGAGGCGGAGCUUAACCAAUUCAUAGGAAGAUGGAUGAGAAGUGAAGCAUAUCAUAAUUUGGAAACAGCCAAUCUCGGAUUGACUCCUCCUGAUAAUGGCCUCAAUACAGAUCUAGUAUUCGAUCAGUUGGAAACAGAAGCAUUUGAUCCCACGAAACGGCCACAAUGGUAUCAAUUCAGUAACAAGUAA